AUGAUAGUGACGGGGUUGAUUGGCAGCGACGACGACGGCGAAACUGCAUCCGAAUUCAACGAACCUGCAUCAAGGAGCGAUGGCAACGCUGUGAGAAGAAAGAGAUUGGGGGUUUCAACUUUCCUCUUCCGCGAUCGUGAACUAUGCUCUUCCGCGGUCACUGGAGGGAAUAAUUGGAGCAAGAUUCAGAGCUACUUGAUUGAGGGCAAAGUCUGCUCCAAGUUCAACGAGACUUGCCUUUCCGAUACCGUCGAGCAGUUCUACACCGAGCAAUUGUCCGCUCUUCAGAAAACCAAAUUCUACAGCAGUCAGAGCCGGAUCUGCUUCCCCGCCCUUCCCCUCAAUUACCAAAGAGGAACCAAAUCGACGGCGCCUGGAAUCAAAUUCGUAAACACAACGAAACCCUUUCCGGAAAAGGAGCCAAAAGGAAAGGAAGCAAGUAGCUUGAGAAUUCAAUGUGGGAGCAGAGACGGAGGACAAAAUCCUUGGGCGCAAAAUGGUGGUGCGGGGAGGGUUGAUGCUUCCGACCGCCGGGGUAAUUACUCAGUGGAGACCCUGAUUCAGGAGGGGGUUCUGGUCGUGGUUGUCGCGUUUGACAAGAUGAAGUGGGCGAGAGUCGGGCAGGGAGUAACGACAUCGCCGAGACGGUUGAGGAGGGUCGGAGUGACGUAG